AUGUAAAAAAUAGCUAUUCUUAUUCUCAAUACACAAAUUAAUCAAAAAGUCUUUGAUUUUUAUUACACUCCAAAUGCCUACCUUAUUUGUGCUGAUGGUGGUGCUAACAGACUCUAUUAAUAUCAAAAAAAAAUUAUUCCAUAAUGUAUCAUUGGUGACCUUGAUAGUCUCAAACUAGAAAUUUAAGAAUAUUAUUCAUCACUAAAUUGUCCCAUUAUUAAAAUUGAUGAUUAAGAUACUUCAGAUUUUGAAAAAGCACUAUAUUUUAUUUAAUAAUAACCAGACAUUCAUCGCAUCAUCAUCUUAGGUGGUUUAACUGAAAGAUUUGAUUAGACCAUAAAUUCCUUACAUACCUUGGCUAAGUUUAAUUUUCAUGGUGAAUUAAUAAGUGACUAUUCUAUUGUUAGAUAUUUUAAUAAAGGAAUUCAUAAAUUUUAAUUCUCUGAAAUUGAGUCACUCAAAGGAAUUAGUUUAUUUCCAUAAGGAACUCAAGCCAGAAUCAACACAAAAGGAUUAAAAUGGGAUGUGACAUAAAAUAAUCCACUAAUCUUUGGUUAAUUUAUAAGCACAUCUAAUGAAGCUCUUCAAAAACAACUUGAGUUCGAUUCCCUUGAUAACUUUUUCUUUGUGACUUAAUUGAAAGAUUAAUAUAUUUGA